GCAACAUUUACUGUUUCGUUCAACGAUGCGGUUAGAAGACGCUUUCUCGAGAAUUAUUAGUUUUGUUUGAUAAUUACGCGCCUAUUUUGGUGAUAACACUUUCAGUGUUAUAACAAUUGUGUUAGUGGAUUGUUUUCAGUAAAAAAACGUAAAAUGAGUCAAAUGGUGACACGCCAACGGACGGGUGGGGAUGAAAAUGAAAAGCGACAAACAGACAGUCCAGUGAGAGAUAUGAAAAAGAAAAUGGCGGCCAACGCUGAAAAGGAAAAGAACGCCGCAGAACAAGCCACCAGCAAGCCCGCAGAAAAACUCACAGAUAAAUCCACAGAAAAACCAGCGGAGAAACCAAAAGCCGCUGAGAAGCCGGCUGAUAAGAAAGAUAAAGCGCCUGAGAAGCCGAUUGAGAAGAAAGACAAAGCUGCUGAGAAGGACAAGCCAGUUGAAAAGAAAGAUAAAGCACCUGAGAAGCCAGUUGAAAAGAAGGAUAAACCUGUUGAGAAGCCAGUUGAGAAGAAAGAUAAACCUGCUGAUAAGCUAACUGACAAGAAGGAGGGACAGAGUGAAAAGAAGAAGGAAGAGAAUGGCAAAGGAGAAAGCAGUGGGAAGAUAGAGAAACCAGCAGCAAACGGCCGCCCCAAACAGAACGGCAGCACCACCACAAACGGAACGGUGAGUCCCGACUCGGACUCCAUAUCGGACGCGGACGAAACUGAACAGUUCCCGGAACUGGCUUACGAUGAUUCCGACGUGGAUUGGGAGCCAGGCAUGGACUGUCCAAGCCGGAGCUUCACCAGGCGCGAACAGGUAACAGCUACAUUAACGGCAGCACAAACGGAACUCACGGACUCGGUGUCAGAUGUGGAUGAAACUGAACAGUUCCCGGAACUGGCUUACGAUGAUUCCGACGUGGAUUGGGAGCCAGGCAUGGAAUGUCCAAGCCGAAGCUUGACCAGGCGCGAACAGGUAACAGCUAUUCUGAACUGGACCUUAUGUCGCCGCAAUAAGACAGGGAAACCAGCAGCAACCCAAACAGAACGGCGGCACAAACGGAACGGUGAGUCCCUCGGACUCGGGUGUCAGAUGUGGAUGAAACUGAACAGUUCCCGGAACUGGCUUACGAUGAUUCCGACGUGGAUUGGGAGCCAGGCAUGGACUGUCCAAGCCGGAGCUUCACCAGGCGCGAACAGGCAGGGAAACCAGCAGCAACCCAAACAGAACGGCAGCAUAAACGGAACGGUGAGUCCCACGGACUCGGUGUCAGAUGUGGAUGAAACUGAACAGUUCCCGGAACUGGCGUACGAUGAUUCCGACGUGGAUUGGGAGCCAGGCAUGGACUGUCCAAGCCGGAGCUUCACCAGGCGCGAACAGGUGAAGGCGACUCGCACCCCGGAGACGCCACGACCGGCAUCAGAUAAACAGGAUACAGAUGACUCAAAGGAAUCGAAGGUCUUGAAACUCACGGAAUCAGGCAAAGACACGCCGAAAGACAAGAAAACAGAGGCCAAAUCCGAUGCCAAAUCGGAAGCUAAAUCGGACUCAAAAUCGGACGGAAAAUCCCCUAAAUCGGACGCUAAAAAAGCGGAGACGCCAAAGAAGGAUGAAACUGUAAAAGUAGAUGCUAAGAAAGAUGUGAAGGAAUCUCCGAAGAAAGGGAAAGAGGAUAAAUCAGAGAUAGUUGAAGUCGAGGUUGUUGUGGAAAUUGAGAACAAUGGAGACGCGUCAGAGGAAUCCCGCAAGCCAGACACGAACUUCUCCAAAUCGCGAGUUAAGGUGUCCCCGUACCGCCGGAGUAUGCGUCUCGCAGACCAGACCACCAGCUCCAUCGCUGCCAACUAUACUGGCAACAACACAACCAUGGAGAUGGAUAUCACAGAGUCAUCUUCAUUCAUGGAUGACACUAUGGAUGACAGCUACCUGAGCGGUCUCCGCUCCAUAAAGGGUCGCCGCAGCUACAAGCUGCUCAAAGACAUGCCGCCGAGGACAGACAGCGCCAAUAGGAGCGUUCGCUCCGUCACUAGUAUCACAGUAUCGGAAACUUCGUCCCGGCCCACCGCCCCCGUGGUCGGGCGCAAGCGCAAGCCCGAGCCCGAAGACAGCGUGUCCAUCGCCAGCGAGGCCCGCGAGGCCGACAGUCCCAUUGGGAAACGUCAGAGGCUGUUAGAGAGGCUCGCCCGGCCUUUUAAGAGAACCGUGCUUAUGCCUGCUAGGAGGAAUGCUGAGAUCGUGGGCAUCAACACCGACCUGCCCCUGACUGCCCCAGUGGCGUCUACGUCUAACUUUGACCCCGAGACCCUCAAGACGGCCGCCGACAUACAAGCCUCCCCCGCGGCUUUGCCCGUCGCCGCCGCGCCUACUGCCGAAGACGCCAAACGGUGCGUUAUCAUGUAA